AAGAUCCAUCUGACAUCAGCAAUGAUAUCCCUUGUUCCUCUUCUGAAUCCGGCUUACAAAAAUAAAAGCUGCUUGCUGCUCUUAUUUUGAAAUAUAAGAGAUGUUCCAGCAGCCACAGCCCAGGCCCAAACACCCUUGUGAGAACACACAGAAGACAAGGCUUUGUGUCCAGAGAAGCCCAGUCAUCACACAAGACUGAUUUCUGAAGAGGAAGGGACAGAUGGCAUGGUUCUUCCCGAGGAAUGAGUGGGAGGUGGCCUGGUCCAGAAGGGCCACCUUGGCAGGAGAGUGGGCCAGCUGACUUUUGAAGUCCCUUCUGAAUGAGAUUCAAGGAUUUGUUUAUCUUGAAAUCUACACCGCUGGGCACUCUGAGCUUUCUUUGGCUCGUUUUCUUUCUGAAAUCAUGAUCUGAUCUAAUCAAAAUACUUACCUGGCUCUUUAAAUCACGUGGUUUGUUGGCUCCAGCUGAGUAAAGUGUGUGUUCAGGGAAAAAACAAAAGUUGUUUACAUUCUUUCUGUGAAGUCCUGGGCCAAAGUCAACUUUAGAAAUGAAAGUGAAAUCAGCUGAUGGUGACAUCAGCACAAAUGUACAAAGUUCAGAGUUGUUUACUUAGGCACACUGUAGCUUGGGGCUUUGCUGGCCCGCUGUCCUCACUGCUUGUCUCUUAAAAAGCCGGCGAAGAGGAAGAUCCAGGAGCCUGAUCCUGCUCGUCCUGUGUGAGAGUCCGGGGUCCUCGCCUUCUUUCUGUGCCCGGAGAGAAUGGCCAUCCCAAAGCCGUGGUGGAGCGGCCACCUGCUGUUCCUGGGCAUCCUGAGCCUCACGGUGUCGGUCAUCACCCUGCUCUUCUAUGCACUGCUCUGGAAGGCCGGCGACCUCACCGAGCUGCCUGACCUGCGCAUCGGCUUCUACAAUUUCUGCCUGUGGAACGAGAGCACCGGCCGCCUGCAGUGCCACCAGUUCCCCGAGCUGGAGGCCCUGGGCGUGCCACGGGCCGGCCUGGCCCUGGCCCGGCUGGGCGUCUAUGGGGCCCUGGUCCUCACCCUCUUCGUCCCCCUGCCGCUCCUCCUGGCCCAGUGCAAGGGGAACGAGGGGGAGUGGCAGCUGGCCGUGGGCUUCCUGGCAGCUUCCACAGUGCUGCUGGCCGGCGGCUUGGGCCUCUUCCUGUCCUUCGUGUGGAGGUGGCUCCGGCUCACCCUGCUGGGCCCAGGGUUUCUAGCAUUGGCCACUGCCCAGGCUUUGCUCACCCUCCUGCUUGUGGCCACAGCUGCAUUCCCUCAGGUGGCGAGGAGGGACAAGAGCCAGCCUGAGAGCUGCUAGUCCUCUCUGGAGGCUCACACGACUGUGAGGCUGUGAGGCUGUGAGGCUGUGUUGUCUGAACUACUCUCAGAAGGUGCCAGAGAAUUUGAAGGCUGGUCUCUCCUCAGCCAUCCUGUUUCACAGUUAAUGCUGAUCUCAAGCUUUAGCAGACGGGACCCGCUACGGAGGGGGUGGGCACGGGACCUAGCAGGCCAAGAACAGCGAGGGCCAGUGGGCCAUGGGGCUUCCUAGUGUGGGCAGUCUGUCCUUCAGGACUUCCAAGGCCCCCUCCCAAAACCACGCAGCUUGUUGCCACACAAAUGUCUGCUUUAAUUAACCUGAGCAAACCCUUCCGACUAUAUCCCCGGGAGGGUGAGAGGCAGGGACUCCUGCCGCGGGGCCGCAAGUCCAGUCUGAUUCACCAACUGACAAAGUAGAACCCAAACAAGGUUUUUAUGGCAACAAAUGGAGGGGGGGAAGGGGCAUCAGAAGACAGAGCACCUUAGUGUUCCCGGGGACGUGGAUCCCAAGCCGCCCCACUCCCCGCUGUGUGCCCCCCACUCCAGCCACUCCGGGAAUGGCCCCUGAGGAUUCACAUGACAUGCAGGCCAGGGAGAGCAGCCUGGGUGGCUCUGGACGGCCCCUGAAAAUCCCACAGCUGGGGGCAGACGGGACUGGCUGGCUGAUCUGUUCUUGGCAGUUGACAUGGCAGGGGUCAGAGCAGCCAAACCUCAGGGGAGAGAAGGUGAGGACAGAGCCCCACGCAGACUCCGCGCUGACCCAACUAUGUAACAGAUGCACUGGGAACCGGACGCACUGUCAGCGCCUGUGCUGGAGACUGGACUUCCAGGGAGGUAGCCCCGUGCUCCCCCCACGCCCGCCCACCAAAGCCACACUGCACCUCGAGGCAGCAGCCUGGCUCCUGCGGCAUCUCUGGUCCUUAGCAUCACCUCCAGGCUCCUUCCCACUCUCGCUUUGGGCCCCAGGAAGUGUCUGUCCGUCUGUCCUGGGCAGAGACUACCAGUGGAGAAGCCUGUGUGGUUUACUAGUCAGCAACCCACCCCCCGGGCACCUGCAGCCCUGAAUGGCAGACUGUGGACAGGGUUCGUCCAGGGGUGCCUGGAGCAGUCAGGGCUCACCGAGUGACUGUUGUCUACCCGUGGCAGAAGCUUCCUCUGCAGGGAGAGGCUGUGCCGACUAAACUGGAAGAGUUUCACCUGCUCAGCAGACAUGCUUCUCUUUGAAAAUCAACAACUCCUCUUUGGUUCCGAUCAGUUUGAGCCCCAUGACCUCAUCUUGCCUGGUCCCUGAUAACUGAAUAAAACAGACUAGUGAUUCUCAGGGCUGGGAGGGGGCACGGGCAGAGGGAAGAGCCGGGGGCGUCUCCUGGCACCUUACUUCCACCCACUCAAGAAGGCAGCUCCCAAGGCCAAGGCACCAGGGGUUCUGCACUGGGUGGACCUGCCCGCCCAGGGAAGCAGGAAGCAGAGGGCAGAGAGCCAUCAGCACUGUCCUUUGGCAGCUCUCAGCAGAAAGUCCUGUAACAGUGUCCCUCAGCUGAAAAAUAUCUCCCUGACAUA